CCUCUAUUGCUUUUUGCUUUUUAUUUUUGUCGUUCGCAGCACACCGGUCAGAAAGAGGUGGCCAUCAAAACCGGUGGAAAGGAAAAGUUGCGGAUCACUGCUGUGCUUGCAGCAAAUAUGAAGGGCGGCAAACUCCCGCCGCUGCUCAUCUUCAAGGGCAAGCCCACGGCGCCGGGAAAACCCCUCGCUGCAAACAGCGUCGAACGAGAGUUUAUGGUGGACAAGGACAAGAAGGGGGUAGCAUACCCUCAGAGCGUUGUGUACGCCGUGGACGACAAGGCGUGGCCACCGCAGCGCGUCUUCAGAGAUGUUUGGCUCCCCCAAGUAUGGAACCGGCGCCCGGGUCGUGAGGGGGUCCUGGGCAACUACCGUCAGCCGGACACGCUGCUAUCGUGGGACGAUUACACCGUGCACAAGACAGCCCUGUGCAAGGAAGCGAUGGACAAGUCCAACACAACGCUGUUUUUCGUCCCCGGAGGCCCAACGCCCAAGAUCCAGCCUUGCGAUGGACUUAUCAACAAACUCUUAAAGUCCAACAUGUCCAGGCUGUACGACGACCACAUGGCCUCCACCGACGCCGUGCGCAACGACCGCGGCUACCCGGAGCCCCCAUCGAGGGGAAUGCUCGCGCAGUGGGUGAAGAAAGCGUGGGAUAAAGUGGACCUUGAGAGCAUCCGUUCGAGCUGGAGGAAGGCUGGCAUGACCCUUGCCUUCGAUGGGUCUGAAGACGAGGCGUGGGCCAACAAGGAGCUCAACUCCGACGCCCAAGGGAAACCACUUCGUGCAGACGGCGACGCGGCUGCUGCCGGCGUAGAGGAGGCUGGCCCAUCGGAGGAGGGGAAGACGAUGGCAGACUUGUUGGAGGUGUUGGAAAUCGACGACGAUGACAGCACGGGAGAUGGCGAAGGCAUCGAUGACCCGGGGGUUGAGGUCAUGGCAGACUUGCCGGGGGCGGACGUUGUUGCAUAGACUGAGCGUCUUGUCUGGUAUCUACCUACCGUGGUUGCAUACCAUGGUCAAGUCAACCAAAGCUGCGAUUCCAUCCAAUUUGUCCGGUGUUCCAUAUGUUGUGGUAGUCGCUUGUCCUCUUUGGAUGUUGUUUCUAGCUUUGGUUGAGAUAUAGCUGGCACUUGCUUGCGUCCUGUGUAGUUCCAACUUGAGUGGUGAACGCGAGUCUUGCAAGUCGUUGCGUCGUCCAGGUACCUGUCUGUUUGCUGUCAUUGUGUCGCACACAACACCGGC